UUCUCUCACACUCACAAGAACAGCGCUCCACUAAUCUCUCCGAAGUCCUCAUAUACGAGCAAGGCUUUAGUGAGAUACGCUGUUUGCUAAGGGUUACGGAAUCUACCUUUUCAUCUAAGCCAUUUUUCUUUUGGUGUUUAUCGUCUUCUGUGUAAACACUCCCGAACAUCUUUAUUGUUGUGGAGUAGCUGGCAGUAUCGGAACCGGACUUCGACCUCUCUUUGCAAAGUGCAGAUACUUUCCUGGAUCUACUGUCCAUCGUUUUCCGACGACGCGCACGAUGAUGGUUGGAAGGAGAUCCUGUCGGAGGCAGAUUCAGGCUGCCCUAUUCAGACUACUGUGUCUUAUUCCAACAGGGCUCCCUGUCCGAAGUGUGGAUAUGCAGCGAACCACCGACAACAUAACCAUUCGCCAGGGUGAUACAGCAGUUAUCAGGUGCUACGUGGAUGACAAAGUGUCAAAAGUAGCCUGGCUGAACCGCUCCAACAUCAUCUUCGCCGGGGAGGACAAGUGGUCCCUGGACCCUCGAGUGGACCUGGUCACAAAAGGGCAGCUGGAGUACAGCUUGCGCAUACAGAAGGUGGACGUGUACGACGAGGGCCCAUACACCUGCUCCAUACAGACCAAACAACAGCCCAAAACCUCGCAGGUCUAUCUCAUCGUCCAAGUUCCCGCAAAUAUUUACAAAGUUUCAGAAGACAUCACUGUCAACGAGGGUAGCAACGUGACAUUGAGUUGUCUGGCCAAUGGGAGGCCGGAUCCAUCCAUCACUUGGAGACUGCUCAAUCCGUCAGCGGAACCCCUGGACGGGGAGGAGUACCUGGAUAUUUCGGGGAUCAUGAGGUCCCAGGCGGGCAAAUACGAGUGCAAAGCCAGCAACGACGUGGCAACCCCAGACGUCAAAUACGUCAACGUCAUCGUCAACUAUCCUCCCUUCAUCAAAGAUGUGAAGAGCUCAGAAACCCAAGUGGGCCGGAUGGGCGUUCUUCAGUGUGAUGCCACAGCAGUGCCCAAGCCCGAGUUUGAGUGGUACAGAGAUAACAAACGGCUAUCCAAUGCCCAAGGCAUCAGCAUUCAGAUCUUUGGAACCCGUACCCUCCUCCUGGUAUCCAACGUAACGGAAGAAGAUUAUGGCAACUACACAUGUGUGGCAACUAACAGACUGGGCUUUAACAGUGCUAGCCUGUUCCUAUACAAGCUCGACUUAUCCACAAUCAGAUAUCCUACCAGAGGACCUGGCACGGGGAGGGACAUUAACGGAUCAGCCUGCCUGUCCCAGUCACUCUGGCUUCUACUGGUCUCCAUCAGCUGCCUUCUCUUCAAGUGUUAAUAACACGGCAGAGCCCCCUGAGAACCACAGCUAAAUUACACUGAGACUGUUUGUACAAUGUAACAACACCCCCAAGUGCUGCGCCGCACGGAAAAAGCAGUAUUAAAAAAUAAACACAAACAAGCUAUUCAAAUGUUUAGUUAAAUACAUUCAAAAUGGAAGAAAAGAAGUUACAUAAGGAACAAACAGUGCCGUUUAUAAGGUUCAGUUUUUGUAAUAUUUUUACUUUGCCGAAGUCUUGCUAAUUGCUGUCAGUAUUUUUGUUUUGCUUUUUGUUUUUCUUUUGGUUAAGGGUGGAUUUGGGGAAUGAUUGCAAGGCAAAACUGAUGUAUAAACAUCCAAGUCAACUCAAAUAUGGCAGGGAUUUCAAGUGAACUACAGUGGUCAUGGAAAACUGAAUUUUUGAAUUUUUGAUUUUUUAAAAUCAUUUCGGCAUAUAGUUUUACAAGGCUUCCAAGCGUAUUAUUUGAAAUUUCAACAAAAAAGGUUAUUGUAACUAGUGCAUUAUGAAACAUGAAACCAUGGCUGCCAAAUGUAAGUAGUAAAAUGACAGUUAAAAAGUAGUAAACACAAACAUGCUAUCAACCUGCUGUGAGGUAAGAGAGGACUGAACUCUCUGUGGUGUGUGUAGUUAAUAAAAAAAUAAAAAACAAGGGGUAGACUUGCUCAUUGAUGUUAACAUCUCAAUGAAAAAUAAAAAGGUGUAAAUAUUGUCAAAUAAAUCUCACACUGCUUGUCCCUCAAUUCCGAAUGGCCUCGUUACAGGAAGCAAAAUGUUUUUGAAAUAGGCUAAUAUUGUACAGUGUAAACAGCAGAGCAGGAAGUGGACGUGUUUCUGAGGCUGAUUCAGGAACUGCCUUUAAGUGCAUACAGUAGCUUGUUGCAUCAUUUAAAGAGGGAUUACUUCUUACAAAGCAAAAAUACUGUACAUAAUAAAUUUUUGUAUUUUUCUUUAAGAAAAACACCUGUUGAUUUACUUAUAAAACCAACAGUAAUCAUAAUUGCCUAACAUGCAUUAUGUAUCCUGUAAGAUUACACAUAAAAUAAAUGUUAAGCAUAAGCUGAGCAGUUUCUCUCUGGCAAGCUGUACUUAGCUUCAGAAAUUGCCUGCCAUAUUUACUUUAACACCACCAACUUUGUUGCAUUUAAUUUUGUAUAUGAAUUACCACAAGGUUGUAUAGCUGGAACCUGGGUAGAAAUGUAUGAAGCCAAUGAAUGAAGGUUUUCAUUUAUAGUUUUAUUUUAAUCUAAGCUUUUGAAAUCACUGUCUUCAGUGUUUUAAGGAUCUUAUUUUUCCCAUUAUUUCAUUUUAUAGUGUAUAUACUUGAAUCCAAUGUCCAUAUAUACAAAAAGAAAGAUUUAAUAUAUGUUCAUGUUUCUAACUAGGUUAGUAAUUUGUUGAUGAUUAACUUGUAGUGGUCUAUGGUAGCAUUAUUUUGCACCAUGUGAUAAGCAUUAGCAUACUGUUUUUAAAAGGGUUUACUACGUUUUGUGCGCUUAUUGUACCUCUCCAAUUACAAACAGCUUUUCCCUGGAGUUUGAGGGAUUUUCCCCGAUGAAAAUAUUAGAUUUAUUAUAGAAUGUAUGCAUUUCGGUGACCGAUGUUUAAAAAAUGGAAGUGACUGUACGUAGAAGGCCAAAACAAACUGUAAACACGUUCAUUUCAAAUGUGCAGUCAAACCAUCUGUCCAAAUCAGACAUUUAUGAUUUACAAAACAAACAAAAAAAUACAGCACUUAAAAAAAAAAAAACAGGUGUGUUAAAUCAGUGUUUCUAGAAAAAAAAAGAAUCAAAAUAAAAGUGAAUGUGUAAUAAAUGCACAUGUUUUAUUGAGAUGCAUGUACAUGCUCUAUUCAUACCCAGGCAUUAAGUGGUGCGGAACCAUGCUGUGAGGGUUUCAGUUUCCAUUGUCAGUAUUAUCAGUAACAUCUGUCUCGCUUCCUUUUAGCAUCACCGGGAAAUCACUUUUCAUCAUUUUUCUUUCUAAGAAGAAAAGGAUGGGUUCUAACACGCAAAACGUGUGCAUUGAGUUGAGCCUGUGUCUAAGUUCAUAUAUUGAUAUUACUCAAAAUAAAAAGAUGUGAUGGAACAUUAAAAAAGAGAAGGCAUAAUCAUACAGCACAGGAACAGUGUCUAAGAGACAUAUUGGUCCGUCCAUGCUCAUGUCCCUUCAGUUUUCUUUGGUUAGGUGUAAGGUUCUCUGUCAGCUUUUGAAAUGGUAUGUAUGAAAAGGUACCUAAGAACAAAUUCAAGAAACAAAAUAAAGGUGUUUGAUUUCAAUGUUCUGUAUUUGAAAGUGGACUGAAAUGCUUUGAUAAGUUAACCUUUUUGAAGUCAGCUUAAAACCUAAUAUCUUAAUGGUAAAAUUGUGUUUAUCGCCCUGUAACAUGCUAAAAUAAAAUGAUAUUAUCCGUA